UUUAAUUUCUUUUCACUUUUUUGACAUUAAUUUACAUGUAGAUGAAGUUCCAAUGGAAUUCUUAAUUUUGUGGUUGUAUGAAGAACAUUUUCAUAUUCUGAGUGGUGAAUUAUUGCAGAAUAAUCUCUAUUUUAGGAAUAUGUCAAUAGUUGAAUUGAUGAGAUGAAUUGAUCGAUGAUACGAUGACCUUGACGAUGACGAUGACCUUGACGAUGACGAUUACUGAAAUUUUACGAAGAAAAGAUUAUAAUCAUCAUAAUCACCUAAAAAGAGACACAAGUGCCAAAACAUCAACCACAAAUGAUGAUGACGAAGACAUAAGUGUG